AUGAGAGCGGCUGGUUGUAUCUUGGCGACGCAGCUAAGGAAGCCCACGACGGAAGAGCGGCGAAGCGUCGUCCGCGCCUCCAGCUCUGGCCCCGCGACGACGGCGCCAUCAGCGCGCCUCGGCCGACCUCAGCAACUACAGCCCACGACCGCACCGCCACCGCCGCUGCCCCCGCUCUCCGCCCCCACCCCGUCCCCCGCCGCUGGCACAGCUCGUCCUGCCCUGCCCACUAGCGGCAGCGCAUUUAAUGUGUGGUUCCAGAACCGGCGCGCCAAGUGGCGGCGGCAGGAGAAGAUGGAGGCGGCGCGCCUGGGGCUGGGCGAGCUGCCGGGCGGCUGCGGCGUGCGCGCCGGGGGCGGCGCCGGCGUGGGCGUCGGGGGCGGGCCGAGCCUGGCGCUGCCCGUCGACCCGUGGCUGGCGCCGCCGCUGCUGUCGGCGCUGCCCGGCUUCCUGGCGCACCCGCACACCGGCUACCCCAGCUACCUCACGCCGCCGGAGCCCGCCCCCGCGCCCGCCCCCGCCUCGGCGCCGCGGCCGCCGGACCCGCGCUCCUCGUCCAUCGCCGCGCUGCGCCUCAAGGCCAAGGAGCACGUCGAGUCCAUCUCGAAGGGCCUGCAGAUGGUCUAA